AUGAAUAGCACUGCUAUAGCUUCUGAGGAUCUUUCCCUCCCUUCUGAGCUCGAGAACUUGUCCAAACUCAUCGGCGAGAGACCUGAAGCACUAGCCACCGGCAGUGAGGACCUCCGGAAGGCUGCUCUCGCAGCAACAAAAUUCAUCUAUGACCUCGCUCUCGCUACUGAAAAGGAAGCGAGCAGCAAAGUGAACGAUCUCCUUACCUCCAUCUCCCCGAGUCAUGCACCCCAAACACGUUCGCAGACCGCCAAUGCCAACGGCAGUCGAAAGCGGAAACGUGGGCCCAGUCCAUCUCCUGCUCCCGAAUCCAACAUCCCCCUCCUGAAGGAUACCCCGCUCGCUGAACUCCUCGUAGAAGGCAUGAGCGACGAGCAGAUAUGGGCUGAGCUCGAGCUUCGCACGCAGACCGUCUGCGACGUUUUGAACUACGCCCUUGAUGGACCUGCACAAGAAGGAGAGGACGGGGAGGAAGGGAGUGAGAACGGUAUGGACGACAAGGAGCUGCGGCUAAAGGAGAUGCGGCAAGCCCUCCUCGACGGAGGCUUCGACCCGGCGGACUUGGAGGGCAUGGAGCUGGAUGAAGAUGACGAAGAUGAUUCCAAUGAGGACGAGUCAGAAGAGGAGGAAGAGGAGAGCGAAGAUGAAGAGGAGGAUGGCGAGGAGGCGGAACUCGGCGAGGACGUGGAGGAGCUGCAUGACGCGUCGGAUGAGGACGAAGAGGACGAGCUGGAGGUUGACGAGCCCUCGUUCCUCAACGGCGAGAAGCGGACAAUCAAGUUCAAGUCCAAAGGUGGAGGACAUCCUACACUCGACGACGGGUUCUUCGAUCUCGCUGCGUUCAAUGCGGAGAUCGAGGCAGCGGAGUCCAAGAGUUCUUCCAGAGGCCGACUCAGUAAAGACGAUGAAGAGGACGAGGAGGACGCCGACGAAGAGGUCGAUUACUUCGCCUCCGUGGACGACCCCGAGGCGUUCGACGAGGAGGAUCUGGAGGGUGGGGGCGCACGCGUUGCUGCAGAACUGUUCUACAAGGACUUCUUCGAACCCCCAGCCCGUACUAGGGCACCGAAAGCGAAGAGGGAGGCAAAGCCAGCUGUUGACCUCCCGUCCACCAGUAAGGUGCGCUUCCACGAGGAGGUGAGGGUGAAGAAGAUCAAGGCAAAGGGGAAGAACCUUCCCGUCAACACGAUGUACUACGAGGAAGAAGAGGAUGAGGAUGAAGAUGGAGACUAUGAAGAUGAGGAGGGAGUCGAGCUUGACGAGGACGAGGCGAUGGCAGGCAUUGGUGAGGACGAGUAUGAUGAAGAGGACACUGCAGAGGAUGCCUCGAUGGAAGAUGAGGGCGAGCAAGGUUUUGCGACCAUGGAACGACUGAAAGACGACCUCUUCGCCGAUGAGGAGGAACAUUCUCAAGAAGGUCUCUCCACAUAUGAAAAGCGCAUGGCUGCUCUACGAGAAGAAAUUGCAGCUUUGGAGGCAGAGAACGUCGGCAAGAAGGACUGGACACUCAUGGGUGAGGCGACCUCCCGAUCGCGACCUCAGAACUCGUUACUCGAGGAGGACUUGGAAUUUGAGCGCAUCAUGAAGUCCGUCCCAGUCAUCACAGAGGAGGUCGUCCACAGCCUCGAGGAGCGCAUCAAGGCGCGCAUCCUCGAAACCCAAUUCGACGAUGUUGUGCGGAAACGGCCUGUGGACGACAAACCUUUCCUCCCUUCACGCUUCUUCGAGCUGCAGGAUAGCAAGUCCAAGCAAUCCCUAGCCGAGAUCUACGAGGACGAGUACGCCGCAGCUCAAUCUGGCGGCGUCGCCGGUGAAGAUCGCGAUGGAAAGUUGAAGAAGGAGCAUCAGGAGAUUGAGAAGUUGUGGGAGAACAUAUGUGGCAAGCUCGACGCUCUCUGCAACGCACACUUCACUCCCAAGGCUCCCAAGGCAACUAUCACGAGUGUUUCGAACGUCGCCGCUGCCACCUUGGAGUCCGCACUUCCGACCACUAAGGCGACAUCUACAAUGCUUGCCCCCGAAGAGGUCUACGCCCCCGCUUCAACUGAUCUGCGUGCACGCAGUGAGCUGACGCCGACGGAGAAGAGGGCCCUGCGGAAUAAGCAGAAAAAGGCAAAUAAGAAGGCGCGCGACGCUAUCGAGAAGAGUGUGCAGAACUUCGGACGGCCGAGAGGAGUCGGGGACGUAAAGCGUCAGAAGGAGGCAGCGCUCAAGACACUAGUCAAGAGUGGGAAGGGCGUCACGGUCGUAGGGAAGAAGAGCAAGGAGCUAGCGGAGGGCAAGCGGGGACGAGGCAAGACGUGA